CACACCGCUUUGUUGCUUUAUAAAGUUAAAAGACACCGGUGAACAGUUAAAACAUCGCUACCAAACAAUCACCUCCCUCCCCCCUGAGAUGGCGAAGCCUUCUUCCGGCGGAGGAACAAACCUCGCCUCGUGCGCCGUCGCCGCCGUCUUCAUCGUCUUCGCCAUCAUCGCCUUGGUCACCGUCUACCUCACAGUCUUCAGACCGAGAGACCCCGAGAUCUCCGUCACGAACGUCAGGGUCCCGUCCUUCUCCGUCGCCAACGGCUCCGUCAGCUUCACCUACUCGCAGCUCUCCUCCGUGAGAAACCCGAACCGCGCCGCUUUCUCACACUACGACAACAGAGUCCAGCUCUUCUACUACGGUAACCGGAUCGGUUUCAUUUUCGUACCGGCCGGCGAGAUCGAACCGGGUCAGACGAAGAGGAUGGCCGCUGAUUUCUCCGUGGAAUCGUUUCCUCUCGCGGCGUCUUCCGCCUCUCGAAUCUCCGCCGCGGAUUUUGGAACCGGGUUAGUGGGAGAGGAGAGUCGGGCCGGGUCGACGGUGGAGAUAGAGUCGAAGCUGGAGAUGGCGGGUCGGGUUAGAGUUCUGGGUCUGUUCACGCAUCGGAUCGCGGCGAGAUGUAACUGCAGGAUCGCGAUUUCGACUGUUGAUGGGUCGAUCGUAGCCGUCCGUUGUUGAUACAAGACUUUUGUAGCAAACAAACCGAAACUGUACAAGUGUCUCUUUUCAAAACACAACCCAAAUGUAAACUUGUAGUAAAAUACCCAUCUUGGUUUCUUCUCUGAA